AUGACCAAGAUUGACCGAGGAUACUACAACAGGGCGACGAGCUACCCCUUAUACACGCCAAUCACCUCCAGCAUACUCACCUCCGAACUGUUCCUCCCCAACCACCUGCGCCUCGGAUCGGACAACUGGCUGGAGUUCAAGCUCGCGAUUGAAACCAUCCUCCGCGCGAAGGGGCUGCCGCUCACUCAUCUCAAGUGCACCCCGGGGUGCCCGACCGCGCUCGGCACGGACCACACGGCGCACGAGCGGUGGGCGGCGGACGACGAGCUCUGCAAGGCGGUCAUCCUGCUCAACGUGCGCAGCGAACACAUGCAUCUCGCUGAGAUGGAGCACGAGCAGUGGGCCGCGGCGGACCUGUGGGCUAUGCUCAUGCGGCGGGACCUGGAGAUCCGCGGCAGCGUGUGGGACAAAUGGACGUGGCUGGGGCGGGUGUACAGCGGCUUGCUGGGCGUGGCGUGCGUGGUAUUGUACUUGAUGGUGGAGCAGCUGUGGUGGGUGUAUGCGGAACUCUCGCGGGCGCGGACGUACCCCCCUCCUGUCAAGUUUGGCCCGUAG